AAAGUAAUACAGAAAAUGAGAAGCUUAUUACUCUCAAUCACAGCAUCCUCCAAACUACCCUGGAAGUCAAUAACUUUUUUAACUGACACAGCCGCAGUGAAAUCCUUUAGUUUCACUCUCUACCGCAACAGGCUAUCAUCUCCUUCAUCUUCUCAUCGAAGAUUCUCGGUCAUGGCUGCUUCUGAUGAUUUCGUUAAAGGAAAUGUUCAUCCAAACGGCGUCGCUGUCAUCACUCUCGAUCGUCCUAAAGCUCUCAACGCCAUGAACUUAGAUAUGGAUGUUAAGUACAAAAGUUUUCUUGAUGAAUGGGAAUCGGAUCCUAGGGUUAAGUGUGUUCUUGUUGAAGGCAGCUCUCCUCGUGCAUUUUGUGCUGGAAUGGAUAUUAAAGGUGUUGUUGCCGAAAUUCAAAAGGACAAAAAUACGCCUCUUGUGCAGAAGGUGUUCACUGCAGAAUAUACUCUAAUAUGCAAAAUUUCUGACUACAAAAAACCAUAUAUAUCCUUCAUGGAUGGGAUAACUAUGGGCUUUGGACUUGGCUUAUCUGGCCAUGGAUGCUAUCGGAUUGUAACAGAGAAAACUUUACUUGCUAUGCCAGAAAAUGGAAUUGGCUUGUUCCCAGAUGUUGGAUUUUCAUAUAUAGCUGCACAUAGCCCCGGAGAAGGAUCAGUUGGUGCUUAUCUUGGUUUGACUGGCAAGAGGAUUUCCACGCCCUCUAAUGCGCUAUUUGUAGGUCUUGGAACACACUUUGUGCCAUCUGGAACUUUAGGCUCGGUAAAGGAGGCCCUUUUGACAACUAGCUUUUCAGAGGACCCUCAUGACGACAUUAAAGCGCUUUUGGCAAAGUACAGUAAGGAACCGGAAGGCGAGGCCGAUUUGAAGUUGCUUUUACCUCGAAUAAUUUCAACCUUCGGUGCAAGUAAAUCGGUAGAGGAGAUUAUUGAAGAGCUGAAAAAGCAUCAGCAGAGUGCUGAUACCAAAGUGGCGGAUUGGGCUAAUGAGGCACUUCAAGGACUUGGAAAGGGUGCUCCUUUUUCUCUUGGGUUGACUCAAAAAUAUUUCUCCAAAGUUGCAUCUGCUUAUGGAAGGCCUGAUAAUGAACUAUCAACUCUAAAUGAUGUGAUGAAAACAGAAUAUCGCAUAGCAUUAAGGUCUUCCCUUAGGAAUGAUUUUGCUGAAGGAGUCAGAGCUGUCUUGGUGGACAAGGAUCAGAACCCAAAGUGGAGUCCCCCAAGCUUGGACCAAGUUGAUCAAAAUGAAGUGGAAUCUCUCUUCAAACCGUUGAGCCCAGAAGUAGCGGAGUUGAGUGUAUGAGCUUAGCAAAAUGUUGAGUCAUAUUUUCUUCUUAAAUACCAGUGUUUGGACAGAUUGUGGGUAUCAUUUGCUUCUGUUACAGCUACAGUUGAUGAAUCUCUUUCUUCAACAAUACCUGUUUAAUAAAAUUUAUGUUAUGCUUGCUGCAAAA